AUGCCACCUCGUCAUAAAUCUCGAUACGAUAGCGAAGAUGAUUCGGAUCGUAGAUCCCGCUCAAGAUGGGCGAGAACCCCUCGUCGGUCCAGAGAUACAUCGUCAAGCCGUUAUGGAGUAGAAGAUCGUUCGAUGUAUCCUCCUGAUCCGGGACCAUUGAAUGAACCUCGCUCAUACUCGCAAUAUAGCAGGUCCUCUGGAGAGUCGCAGAGAGAUAUUGUCGUUGAGGUUGACAAUGAUGUCCAGAGUGGACAGCGAGUGUACCAUCAAACGGGGACUCAGCCGAUCCAACACCGUACGGGAAACAAUGUUGCAUCGACCAGAGCAUAUACUCAGCCUGAGCUGGGUGAGCUGGCUUAUCGAUCAAGACCAGUGCCAAGUGUGGAUGUUCCUACUUCCAGACUUCAAAGGUAUCCGGUCAAUUCAACUCAUUACGAAAGAAGGGCACAGACUCUAUCCCUAGUAGAGCUCACAGGUCAUCAACCUGGUCCUCCCAGAAACUUACCUCAAUAUUCUUAUCCUGCAGAAUUUCGAAGUCCGAGUCUGUCCUCUAGGCCAUUGGAUACCGACGCUCAACAGUCAUCUCUCAAUCCUCUAUUCAGCUCUUCGAUCCAUUCAUAUCCCUCAUCGGUGCACAACAGCAGAGAUAUAGGGUUAGUGAUGUUUCAAAGGGAUAUGGGAACAGCGGCGGACCCUAGAGAUCAAAUUGUUAUCUUUUCCAGAAGAAGAUUCCAUUACCCCGAUGAAGAUGCUCUACUGUUUACUUCGCCAGUUCAUUUCCCUAUAGUGGAUGACAGAGGGAACGUAGAGCAUUAUAAGGUUUGUGAGCAUGUUACGGACAACGGUAUUCCAAGCCAAUGUAAAGUCUUUCAUACUCCCGUUCAUACAUCUACCGUCUCUAUUCGAGGUAUCCACCCUGAAGAUACUCAUUUUUACUCUGCAGCAAUAAUCCCAAGGGAUCAUCGUAUGUUUCGAGAUCAUCCUUCCACUUCGAGGAUGAUCACCGUAGAUCACUCAGUGACGUUUGAGGAAGUUGCGAAUCAAUACAAUUCUCAACAAGUGACUUUCGCGAGGAGGUAUAAGGAUUGGAUCAAUAGUGAUUCUGGAAAAUUACGUUUGAGUCAAGAGAGGUAUAUCACAGAUAUCAAAGAUAACAUACGCUUGAGAGAAAAUGUACUGAAAGAAAGAAAGAGGGAAUUGGAAAAUAACAUUAGUUCGAAAGACGUUAUCAAAACGCUUCAAGAUGGACUAAAACAAUAUGAUAUUGACGGUCAUCAGGCAACAUCGCGAUUUUCGCCUGCAACUGCUAAUUCAAAGUUAUGUCGUUUUGCUGAAGAUGCGUUGCGGCAGUUGGAAGAUAUGGUGCAACCUCUCAGCUGGCUGAGAGAGGACGAAGAGAGGUUGAAGAAGGAGAAAGGAGAUUUGAGAGGGUAUUAUCGAUCUUUAGACUGGAUGAAUUGA